GAGAAAGAAACCAUUAAAUGAUUCACGGGCCAAAAAUUAAAAUAAUUUAUUGCUGGGCGAGGGGCACCGAUAUUUCUCUGAAUCUAGCGCAGUAUUGUCAAUUAUUUUCCCCAUUUUGCCCUCGAUUGGCUUCCAGAUUUCCCAUAAUUUGAUGGGGGUAGAUUUAUUUAAUCUUAUUUAUUGUUGGUUCUAUUAAUGGUGUGCAUCUUAAUCCAAAUCCAAAUCCAACAAAUAUCCCCCAAUUCGGUUUUUUAUAAUUUUUUGGAGGAAUUUUGGGGGUGAGCCGGGGACCUGGCAAAAGGUUCGCCUUCAAAAUCUCUCCGGCUGCUGCGGAGAGAGUGAGGAAGACUGAAGCUUAGCUAGUGAUUUAGGGUUUUUAGGGUUUGGGUUUUUGUUUGCUUGGUUUGGAUUUCGAAGUGGAAUACAUGAGUACAUGUAAGUUUGAGUUAUGAGUUGCUUCGGGUGCUUCGGUUCUCGCCGGAAAGAUGUUAGCAAGGUCGAAAUUGAUAAUGGUACUACUCGAUCCUCAGGUAGUGGAAGAGGAAGGGGACACUUUGAUGAUGCUGAGAGUGGGAAGGGAAAAGGGAAGGGUGGCAACAGUGCGCAGAAGAGUGUGGCAAGAAGUUUCACAUUUCGCGAACUUGCAGCAGCCACUAAGGGAUUUAGGGAAGUGAAUUUGAUUGGGGAAGGGGGCUUUGGAAGGGUUUACAAAGGUCGGCUUGAAGCAGGCCAGGUUGUUGCGAUCAAACAACUUAAUCAUGACGGUCUUCAAGGAUUUCAGGAAUUCAUCGUGGAGGUUCUCAUGUUAAGCCUACUACACCAUACUAAUCUCGUCACCUUGAUCGGCUACUGUACUGAUGGAGAUCAAAGACUCUUAGUCUAUGAGUACUUGCCGAGGGGUAGCUUGGAAGAUCAUCUUUUUGAUCUGAAUCCUGAUCAAGAGCCACUUAGUUGGGAUACUCGAAUUAAGAUAGCUGUUGGUGCAGCACGGGGCCUUGAAUAUCUUCACUGCAAAGCUAACCCACCUGUUAUCUACCGUGACUUGAAAUCAGCAAAUAUAUUGUUGGAUGAUCAUUUCAAUCCAAAGCUUUCAGACUUUGGACUUGCUAAGCUUGGGCCUGUGGGAGAUAACACCCAUGUUUCAACCAGAGUUAUGGGAACCUAUGGAUACUGUGCACCAGAAUAUGCUAUGAGUGGCAAGUUGACUCUUAAAUCUGAUAUUUAUAGCUUUGGUGUGGUUAUGUUGGAGUUGAUAACUGGCAAGAAGGCUAUUGACAGCACUAAGAAGCAAGGAGAACAGAACCUAGUAGCUUGGUCUCGUCCAUUCUUGAAAGACCGAAGGAAGUUUGUCCAGUUAGUCGAUCCUUUAUUGCAAGGAAGAUUCCCGGUUCGUUGUUUGCAUCAUGCAGUUGCUAUUACUGCCAUGUGUCUUCAAGAGCAACCAACUUUCCGCCCUCUUAUCAGUGAUAUUGUUGUAGCACUUGAAUACUUGGUUUCACAGAACAACAAACCGGGCAAAGCUGAGGUUCAUAGUCCCAUUUCUUCAUCACCGUCGCAGAAGUACAGGGAUACCUUUUCUCGGGAAUCAGAUUGUAGAAUGAGUUCAACUUCUAGCUAGAAGUUCUUGGGUGCAACCUGCUGAAACACUCCAAUUGAUGUGGCUAGCCUUGUGAGACUCAGAAGGAAAGAAACACCUGAUAAGUUCCAGAUACCAAAUGUACACAUAUGAAGAGUUGGUAUGUAAAUGGACAUCUAUGUAUAUAUGUACACUUGGGUUUGGAUAUGUGGCUUUUUGAUAAAUUUAAAUUCGUGUUCAUGUGGCUGUUUGAGUUAGAAAGCAUCUUCUAUUGUUGCUAGACCUAUGUCAUCAAAAGUACUGAAAAUGAGAUUUUUGUUUUCCAUAGAGUAUUUGGAAAUGGGGAUCAGUGGUUUUUGAAUCCAUGUUAUGUUAGAUUACCAACGGU